AUGAAACUUCUUUGGCAAUCCCGGAGGAUUGGGGUCUCUGCGCUUUUUUUCCGCAGGGACCCCAAUUCUCCGGGAUUGCCACUUCUUUUACUUUUUUUAGAAAUUAAAUAUAUAGGAGUUUUAAAUUUGAACAUACGAAUGGAUUUCCAGAAUCGGGCUGGCGGAAAGACUGGUGGAGGAGGAGUAGCUUCUGCUACAGAUGCCAAUGUUGACCGUCGCGAACGUCUUCGGCAGCUUGCACUAGAAACAAUAGAUUUGCAGAAGGACCCUUAUUUUAUGCGCAAUCAUAUGGGUGGAUUUGAAUGCAAGUUGUGUCUUACUCUUCACAACAAUGAAGGAUCUUAUCUGGCACACACGCAAGGAAAGAAGCAUCAAGCAAAUUUAGCUAGAAGAGCUGCAAAAGAAGCUACUGAUAUUCCAUAUCUGCCUCUUCCAUCUCAACCAAAGGUUGAACCUAAAAAGUUUGUCAAAAUUGGACGACCAGGAUAUAAGGUAACAAAAGAAAGAGACAGUGCUUCUGGUCAACAAGCUCUUCUUUUCCAAAUUGAUUAUCCUGAGAUUACUGAAACGAUUACACCUCGCCAUCGUUUUAUGUCCUCUUACGAACAAAAAAUUCAACCGCCGGAUAAGCGAUGGCAAUAUUUGCUUUUUGCGGCAGAGCCAUACGAAACCAUUGCUUUUAAAAUUCCAGCACGGGAAGUUGACCGCUCAGAAGACAAAUAUUGGUGCUUGUGGAAUAAAGAAAGCAAACAAUAUUUUAUGCAAUUUGCAUUCAAACCUAUACAAGAGGAUUCUAAUUAUGCACGUAAUUUUGCACCAAGUGGUGCUAUAACAAUUCCACAUGAAACACCAUCUCCUAUGUUUCUUCCAACAAUGACGACGUAA